AUGCUCACCAACCGCACGCUUCAGGACUCUGUACACGAUGACGACCUGGACUCGAUUCAAAGGAUUCUGACCGGAAUGCCACCCGAUCAAGCGCAGUGUGAGCUCGAUGCUGGUCUGGCCCUAGCGAUGCCUAAAAAUUCACUGGCGACGAUUGAACUUUUACUACGACUGGGGGCGAAACUGAACAAUGCCUCGUUCGAUGCCGCCUUUGCCAGGGAGGAGACUGCUGUGUUUAAACUCUUGAUUGAUUCGGGGUGGGACAUCAAUUCAUCGCCGUCACAGCUCAAUGGUCUAUAUUACGCCCUCGAAAGCGAAAAUUUGCUCCGUUGGCUACUAGAACAUGGUGCAAACCCGAAUGUCAUAUCUCCAAAGCUGCCGGGUAGUUGUUCACACCCGGGAACCCCGCUGAUGGAUGCAGCAGAGCUCUCAGACCCCACGGCGCUGCGAACACUGAUUGCGCAUGGGGCAACAUUGCAUCCCGAGAUUUUGUUCUACGCCAUCGGACUCCGCCACAAUUCGAACGGCACAGCUACCAUGGAAGCGCUAAUUGAACACGGCGCGGACAUCAACUAUGUGUCACCGCGACGAUCUACACCUCUGUAUGCAGCGGUGCGUGUCUGUGAUGAGGAGAAGAUUAGGUUCCUGCUGGCGCGCGGCGCAGAUCCGCAUCUGAAGGUUGCAGAUGGGCACCUGUCUGCCUUGGAGUAUGCCAGGAGACUGGGGCGCACGCAUUUGGUCAGUAUCAUGGAAGCUGCUGGAGGAGAUAGCGCGCCUUGA